CGCGCGACAUUGCGCGCUUUACGAAGAUGAGGAAAGACGAUGGAUGAUCGAUCGGAUGAGGAGUAGUAGUAGUAGUAGCGGUGGUGGUAGUAGUGCGUCGCGGCGAAUAUCGGGGGAUCCGCUCACGGUCACGCUCUCCGCCCGCUCGCGAUAUAUGAGAUCGGUAUAAUCGAACGCAGAAAACCCGAUACGACCGGUCGUAAAUCGGUAAAUAGGUAGACCGUCGCUUUUGCUCGGCGUUGCGACUCCGGUCUGUCGCUCGCGUCACACACGUUGUCCGUUUUACAACCGGGCGCGAUCUUCGCGAAACGCGGGAUGGAAUGGGUGCGAGAAACGCGCGCGCGGAGAGAGGGAAACGGGAGAAGGGCGAGAGAAUGAAAUGGGAGAGAGAGAUACGUGCUCCUCUCUAUCUCUCUCUCUUUUGAGAGAGAGAGAGAUAGAGAGAGAAGGCGCAGAAAUAAUUACGAACAUCUCUCCGCGAUACGCAAACAAAUCGUACGAGUCCGGGUGCCAAAUCGUGUGCACACGCGCGUUGAAAAAGCAGACACACAAAUUGUAAAAAAAAGAAAAAACAAGAGUAACGACUUGUACACGCGUGCGAUGAUCGGUGACGUAGCGAAUUUUGUAUAUACAAUAGGCGAGAUACUCGGUCGAACCAUACGGAUCGUCGGUCUGCGUCGUCGUCGAGAGGAACGUGACAUCGUGACGACCUCCACGGACGACAUUAGGAGAGGCUUCGCGAUGAAACAGGAGCCGGAGGACGAAGAGGAUUGCUACAUGGACGAGUCGAGCACGCCGCCCACGUCGACCAGGUCACCGUCGCCGCCGCUGCAGCCUCUGAUACCGCCGCCGCUUCCGCCGACACUGGCGUCGUCGUCAUCGCCGCCGACCUCCGGCCGCUCAUCUCAUCACGGGAGCGUUGUGAACCGCGUGCGCUCCCACGCGCGCAGCCUGCGCGCCAUGGCGAAUCCCAGCGCUGUCUGGGCGCACUUCGAUCUGUGCCCUAACGAUCCGCUGCGCGCCCAGUGCCGUAUCUGCGGGGCGAUUGUGGUGCGGGGCGGCGCGAAUCCGCGCCAAUGCGGCACCACGAAUUUACACCGGCAUCUCAGGGUACACCACGGCGGCAGACUGAUCGGUAGACGAUAUCACGUUUUACAGUCAACGUCUCAAAGUAGCUCAACCAGUAAGAUACGAUCUACGCAGACCCUGGUGAGACCGCUUCUUCGUAACAUGACGUCGGCGCUAUUACCUCAGCAACAACAGCAACAACAGCAACCAAAGACUCUUGUAUUAAAAACGAUUCCGCUGAAAGUGAAGCAAGUCGCACCUACCACUAUUAAACUGCCAUCGCGACAAACCACCAAUCAAGAAUCACCUCACAAAAUCGUACAUCAACAGCCUACAGAAGUUUGCUUGAGGUGGAACAGUUACCACAGCAAUAUGCAGAACACCUUCCCGUCGUUAUUGGACACCGAACAGUUCGUUGAUGUUACCCUAGCGUGCGAGGGCCGAUCUCUUAAGUGCCACAAGAUGAUUUUGUCCUCCUGCAGCGACUAUCUCGCGGAUUUGCUACGAGAAAAUCCGUGUCAACAUCCUAUUAUUUUAAUGAAGGACAUGAAGUUCUGGGAGGUGGAGGCGUUGGUGAAGUUCAUGUACCGCGGUGAGGUCAAUGUUGCUCACGACAAACUGCCGCAACUGUUAAAUGCUGCCGAAGCUUUGCAAGUGAAGGGUCUGGCGGGCCCGAGUAUCUCAUCCCAAAACAACAACACGAAAUCGCCUGCAAAAUCGUCUACGUUACUCUUACCUCAGUCGAAGCCAUUGUCGUCUCAACUCGUAGUUCCUAAAGGAAAUAGUACGGAAUCCAAAGAAAACAAAACGUCGCCGAUCAAAGUGUCGCCGACGACACCUUCUAGUCCUAAACGCGCGCAAAAGCGACAACACUGCGAACCCAUCGAGCCAAAACCCUUUACCAAGAUACGUUUACAACGGCCUGUCACUCCGUCGUCGCCGUGCGUGACCGUGAAGAUGGAACCCCUGGACUUGCCUCUCAGUCCGACGGAGAUAUUCUCCGAGGAUAACGAGGACGGCACGGCCUCCUCGGAGUUUGAAAAACUCAUGAGUCUGCACGAGGAGGACGAUCCGGGCGGCGAGGAAGAACUUGACGACGACGAUGACGACGACGACGACGACGACGAGGACGAGAGAUUGCAUUUGUGCGAAUUGCCGGCGCCGCCGGAUCUGAACGACAACGAGGAUCAAAUGGAAUUCGUGCCGACUGAUUUCUUGGAGCAGCAGCAGGAAAUCGUUGAGGAACCGGAAUCGUCAAGUUGUAAAAAGGAAAACGGUAAUAAUAAAGAAGAAUCUCUCGAAUAUACUUCCGUCGACGCCGAAGAUGACGGAGUCGUGUAGGGGGGAAAACGCGCCCACAAAGUUAUUACCUGAUUUUAAUUUCUCUUAACGGACACGAGACGUUCCGAAAGAAUAUAAUACGUAAUUUUGAUUGACGAAAAUAAAAGAAAUUUAUUUUUGGAAUCUAUAUGUCUAUAUAUAUAUAUAUAUAUUUAUGAUAUGUAUAUAUUUUCAGCACACUCGACAUCUCUCUUAUCUCUUUAUCUCCAAGAAAAUUAUCGUUCUUUUACUUACUUGUUAGUUUUAUCGAUAUCUAUACACAAUUGGUAUUAAUCAUACUUUUACAAUAAGUGUUUCUAAAAGAAGAUUGGAUAUGUAUGUUGAAACAUUCUUUUAUCAUUGUGGCAUUUGAGAAGUUUCAGAUAGUACAGCCGGAUCUCUUGUUUUUACGGCUUGUUCUCUCUUUUUACCUUUUCAUUUCCUUUCCAAGAAAAAAGGGCAUUUUUGAAUGCUGAAUACAAUAGGUAAACUCUAGAGCUAUUUCCUCUAGUCCCGUGCGGUGUUUUUCUGCGCGCGCGCGUGUGUGUGUGUGUGUGUGUGCGUGUAUACACAAUGCGUAUAUGAAAAUUAUUUAUUUAUUCGAUAAAUUUCUUUGUGCGUGCGAGUUUUAUGCGGUGCGUGCGUGUGUAUAUAAAUAAGUAAAAAUAUAAACAAUUCCUUGUAAAAUAUAAUACGUAAGUGAAACGUAAGCGCAAAUAUGUAAACGUAUAAGAUAUGAAAAUAAAUAAAUACACAACAGCCCCGAAAAAUGGCAAAAAUUGUGAUGACGAAAAUCCUAG